GGACAUGCAAGAUGCAUGACUGACAGGGGAGGACACUUUUUGGCUCUUCCUCCUUCUCGCUCCCUUUCACCGGGGAUCUCGCGAUGCUUUUCCCGAGGCCCUUUGACGCGCGCCGGGGUGCUUAGUAAGGGUGCAGAGGCGCCUGCUUCCGAACGUGGCAGAUGGAAGAAAACAAGCAAUGACUGUGGGCUGAGUUUCAAUGCUUCUUCAUUGGUCUGCGCUGGACAACCCAUCACCAUGAAUAUGCAGGUCUUUGUAGCGACUGGUCUCCUGGUACAUUGUGUGUUCCUGAUCUCUAUUUUUGACAUUUACUUCACCUCUCCUCUGGUCCAUGGCAUGACUCCCCAUCAGACUCCCCUGCCACCACCUGCGCAGCGCUUAGUACUUUUCGUUGCCGAUGGUCUGCGUGCGGAUUCGCUUUAUGAAGUGGAUGACGGUGGCAUUUCUAAUGCUCCUUACCUUAGGAAUAUCAUGUUAACCAAAGGCAGCUGGGGAGUAUCUCAUACUCACGUUCCAACAGAGUCAAGACCUGGGCAUGUAGCUCUCAUAGCUGGAUUUUACGAAGACGUCAGUGCUGUUGCAAGAGGAUGGAAAGAAAACCCAGUGGAGUUUGAUUCCGUUUUCAAUGAAAGUAAAUACACGUGGAGCUGGGGAAGUCCAGAUAUUCUGCCCAUGUUCGCUAAAGGUGCUACUGGGGAUCAUGUCUACACUCAUUGCUAUGAAGCUGAAAAGGAGGACUUUGGAACAGAAGAUGCCAGCUUUCUAGACACGUGGGUUUUUGACCAUGUUAAGGAUUUCUUCCACUCUGCCAGAAACAACAAAACAUUGCUUUCUAAACUGCACGAGCGGAAAGUUGUUUUCUUCCUGCACUUAUUGGGGAUAGACACAAAUGGCCAUGUUCAUCGGCCUCAUUCGAGAGAGUACAAGAACAAUAUUAGGAAAGUCGAUGAAGGUGUAAAAGAAAUUGUAUCGAUGGUUGAGGAUUUUUAUGGAAAUGAUGGCAGCACAGCUUUCAUCUUGACUUCAGACCAUGGAAUGACAGACUGGGGGGCUCAUGGGGCUGGUCAUCCGUCAGAAACAUUAACACCACUGGUUGCUUGGGGAGCAGGAAUCAACUCUCCACAAAAAGUCAGCUCGCAACAGUAUGAAGACACGUUUUUAAAAGAUUGGAAACUGGAGACCUUAAAGCGGCAAGAUGUCAACCAGGCUGAUAUAGCACCGCUGAUGGCUUCUCUUAUCGGAGUCCCUUUCCCCCUGAACUCUGUGGGGAGUCUACCUCUGGAGUACCUGAACAACACUGCUCAUUUUAAAGCAGAGAGUAUGUUUACGAAUGCUGCUCAGAUUCUUGAACAAUUUAAGAUUAAGAUGGCACAGAAGAAGAAAAGCACACUCUCAUUCCUGUUUUCACCAUUCAAAUCUCUCUCUGAAUCGGAACAGAUUGACAUUCUUAGAAAAGCAAGGACUUCUAUUCAUCGUGAGAAGUACGAGGAAGCGGUUUCUCUUUGCAGCAAGCUGAUUCGCCUUGCUUUGGAAGGACUCUCUUAUUAUCAUACGUACGACAGGUUUUUCCUGGGAUUCAGUGUCACCAUGGGUUUUGUGGGCUGGACACUUUAUGUCAUUUUGAUUAUUACAAAGAUGCAUACUGACCUGAUGAGGAGCAUCGCGAAUAAAGAGGGAGCCAGUUGUCUUUUCCAGUAUACGUUUCUCACUGUCGGGAUAUUAAUCACCAUUUUCCUGCUCAUUCAAAGCUUGCCUUGGACUUACUACAUAUAUUGUCUGUUACCAGUCCCGAUAUGGUACGCAGUUUUGAAAGAAUACCCAGUUAUUCAGAGACUAGUCGCAUCUCUCGUGAACUUUCAGCCAGCUCAGCUUGCUGGAUUCUUACUCAUUUGCAUCCUGGGAAUUGAAAUAUUAGUUUUCUCUUUUUUCUAUCGCUCCUCCCUCAGUUUUGGCCUGAUUAUCUUUUCCAUGUGGCCACUGGUUACUCAGCAGUGGAACCAAGCAAAGACGAUCGUGCUAAGCUGGAUUCUUUCGUGUUUGCUUCUGGCAGUCUUCCCCUUGAUGCCUGUUGUAGGAAGAAAGCCAAGUUUCUCUCUAGUAACCACAGCAGGGUUGCUGAUACUGUUGAUGGCUACAUCUUACCUGGUGACGUGCCUCUGGAAACACAAAAAGAAAUACUUGCCUUGUAAAGAACUCACAGUAUACCUCUUUCAGUUGCUCAGUCUGGCACUGUCUACUUACAUCGUGAACAGUACUCGCAGCAGUCUUCACAGCAAACAAGGACUGCCUACAACAAAUCAAAUUAUUAGCUGGACAACAUUAGCUUCGUCCUUGGUAGUGCCACUGCUAAGCCCCACAUUUCUCUUCCCGAGGUUGCUGAGCAUAUUUCUUUCCCUGAUGUCAACAUACCUUCUGCUUAGUACAGGAUAUGAAGCACUUUUCCCCCUGGCGUUGGCUUUGUUGAUGUUUGUGUGGAUAAAUAUGGAACAAGAAGCAGUACAACGUUACAGCAUUUCACCAAAGCCAAAGCUUGCUGCUCUCAGCUUUUCAUACACUAAUGAUCUAACACAGUUCCGACAACUUCAUUUGGAUGACGUCCGGCGAUCUUUUUUCUUCGUUUUCUUCCAAGUGACAGCCUUUUUCGGUACUGGAAACAUAGCUUCUGUGAACAGUUUUGAUCCAACUUCAGUCCAUUGCUUCUUGACUGUGUUCAGCCCUUUCCUGAUGGGAGCCUUGCUGUUGUGGAAGAUUGUAAUCCCUUUUGUUCUUGUGUCAUGUGCCUUUGAAGCUGUUCAAGUCACAACGCAGCUAUCAUCAAAAAGGCUUUUUCUCAUUGUUCUUGUGAUUUCAGACAUCAUGGCUUUGCACUUCUUCUUUCUGGUUAAAGAUUAUGGAAGCUGGCUGGAUAUUGGAACAAGCAUUAGCCAUUACGUGGUUGCAAUGUCUUUCACCAUCUUCCUGCUGCUUUUGAGUGGAGUGGCUCAGCUGCUCACUACGAAGAGACUAGCACUUUGGGAAGAAGCUAAGCACCAUGCCUUGUGACGAAUGGGGUUGAGAGGUCCAUAUCGUUGGAAACUGCAACCUCCCCGAGUGACAGAUGGAGUUAUGAGACUGGCUGCCAGAAACACCGAAAGAACUCGAUGCUACAGGCAACAACACCUCAACCAGCUCUUUUCUCUCUGGAAUUGUACCUUGUCUUCCUCCCCUCCUUUUAAAAGAAGAGGGAAAGAGACACAGCCACAAGUCUCUUGCCAAAAACUGAAUAUAUGGUCCGUUUCAAUGUUGGAAGAUGAGUGCUGUAUAUGAUUUUUCCAGGGAGAUUGAAAUGGGUGACAAGGAAAUAAACUGGCUCUGUAACUGGGCCCAAAAGGCAUAGGAGAGCAAUCCCAAGGCCUACAGAAUAUUGCGCUUUGUCCACAGUCUGCUUCUGGACCAAAUCUUGGGACUGGUCAGCAUGCUUUGAAUUAUUAUUUUUUUGUGGCCAUUUCUCACUUCUGGUGUUUUAAGAUCAAAUUUAGAGGCUUGUGUAUAACGGGAGGAGACUAAAACUUGAAUUUUGCUACUUUUAAAAACAAACAAACCCAAAAACAUAUGGGUUGUAUGUGCGAGUGAGAGAGAGAUGAAUUAAUUCCUGUUUUAAAAGAAGAUGCUGCAGAUUACUUUUUCUAUGAUUAAUUUUAUAGGAUGCACUUGAAAAGAACUCUCUCUGUCUGCUCAAACUGAAGCUUACAUAAAAGGAGGAGGAACAACAA